UAAGCGAGCGAUAUAAGCCCCUGAGAGAGUCGUCGCAGGCGCAUAGGCGAGGAGCGCGCACCACGCUCACUUCCGCACGACUCGCCUUGUACACACACCCGCGACACACGAUAAUACAAUACCGUACAUUUUACGAUACUAUAACGACAAUUUUACGAUAUUAUUGCGAUACAAUUACCGAACUUUUAACAAGUGCAGUGUGAAAAGUGAAAAUGUAUGAAAGUGAAAUACAAGAUGUGCCGGCGCCGAAACCUGAGAGCUCGCUGGGCGUGCGGCACGGGAUGGCGUGCCUCAUGUUCUUCGCGACGACGGUGUCGUACGCCACGCGCGUCUCCAUGAGCGUCGGCAUCGUCGCCAUGACCUCCAACAACAGCCACGGUUUCCCGGUUUUCGACUGGAGCCGCAGCACGCAGGACACCAUCCUGUCCUCCUUCUUCUGGGGCUACAUCGUGCUGCAGAUCCCGGCGGGCUGGAUCGCCGGCCGCUUCGGUGGGAAAUACCUCAUGCUCAUCUCCAUGGCAACCACCGGCGUCAUCAACCUCGUGCUGCCCAUCGCUGCUAUAAAGGGUGACUACGUGGCGGUGUGCGCGUGCCGCAUCCUGAUGGGCGUGUCGCAGGGCCUGCUGUACCCGAGCCUGCACGGCGUGCUCGGACACUGGGUGCCCGUCUCCGAGCGCAGCCGCCUCGGGACCUUCGUCUACGCUGGCGCUCAGCUCGGUACCAUCAUCGAGCUGCUGUCCUCCGGCGCCCUCGCAGCCAGCUCCUGGGGCUGGCCCUCGGUGUUCUACGUGGCCGGCGUCGUCUGCAUCCUCUGGUCCAUCCUGUGGAUGGUGUUCGGAGCCUCCAGCCCUGGCUCCAGCACGUGGAUCUCUAAGGAAGAGAGGAAUUACAUCGAGUCUAAUGCUUCCAGUAUCUCUGAAAUAGGACAUGGUAAAAUGCCGACACCAUGGAAGGGUAUCCUGACAUCUCUUCCAUUCUGGGCGAUCCUGCUCGCGCACUGCGGACAAAACUUAGGUUUCUGGACAUUGCUCACUGAACUGCCUUCCUACAUGAAGUAUGUUCUCGAUGUCAAUAUCAAGGAGAACGGCAAGUUGUCGGCUCUACCGUACGUCGCGAUGUACUUCCUGAGUUUCUUGUUCAGUUGGUUGGCAGACUUCCUCGUGAACAAAAACGUUAUCUCCCUUGUCACCUCGAGAAGGAUUUUCAACAGUAUUGCUCAUUGGGGUCCUGCGGUCGCUCUGCUGGGUCUAUCGUACCUGCCUCCAGGAAACUUGUCGCUAGCUGUCAUUCUAUUAACUAUAACGGUUGGACUGAAUGGUGCCCAUUAUGUUGGGUUUAUGCUCUCUCACAUUGACCUGUCUCCAAACCACGCCAGUACUAUGAUGGGCUUCACAAAUGGCAUCGGAGCGAUCUUCUCCAUUCUGGCACCACUCAGCGUCUCCUUUGUUGUCACUGAUCAGACGCAAGCAUCUGAUUGGCGGAAGGUGUUCUUCAUGUCGGUGGCCUUCUACUUCUUGACGAACCUGUUCUAUCUGCUCUUCAUAUCGGCAGACGUGCAGAAAUGGAACGAUCCCAAACCGUCUAAAGAAUUAGAAGAUGGCGAAAAGAAGACAGAUGAAAAGAAUCCAGAGAAGAACAAGAGCAAUGUCGGCGAACACAAGUUUUGAUGACAAACCAACUGUUUCUGAUAGGACUAGUCAUACGAAGUAGUGGGGACGAGUGUACGCCGGUUACACCUCGCCGAGUAGAGAGACAAUACAACUAGUGAUAUAAUGUUACGUAAUUUAUAAAUAGAGAAUUCCGGAUGAUAAAUAAAAAAUAAUUGAUCAGAUUCAAAAUAUAAGGCCAUGGUUGGUGACAAUAAGCUAACCCUUUGAAUAGGCAGAAAAACGGUGAAAUUUCAUUAGGAAGCCGUUAGAUGGAGAAAUAGCAAUAGUAACUUAUCUAUUUAACUAUAGUAGAAUUCUAUGUUUUAAAAAUGAUCCUGUGACGAUCUCAGUCCAGGACUUAAUCUAAAGUAACAGACAUUUUUUUUUUCAAAGUCUUUACGCCUAACUAUUUAGAUUAAACUAAUUAUUUAGAUAAAUCAUCUGCCUAAACAUUUAAAUUCUAUAACAGCUGCUUAAAAUUGAUGCCCAUAAUUCACUUGAUUAAAAUUCUUCUGCCCGAUCUCUGAACGGUUCAUGAAGCCAGCAAGUAUAUAAAAUAGUUGGAAGGUUUUUAAAAGUUUAAACUUUUAUGUAUUUUAAUUAACAGUUUGAACUGUGAGUUCAGUAUAAACUUUAUUUGCUUGAAAAAUGUUUGCUCAAUUAUUUGUGUGUACAAAGUUUCGAGUGGCGUAUCGUCCAAUUAAAACUUAGUAUAAUUACACACUUAAAAGCUUACCUUAUUAAAAUAUGUCAACUUAUGAUGAAAAAGUCUGGAGUUUUCCAGUUGUUUACCUUUUUUAAAAUAUGUUUCAUACACUUUGACACCAGUGCAAAGAUAAGUUUUUGUAGACAAUUAUUUGUUUUUAAAGCAUUUGUUGAAAUUUUCCGCACGAAAAAAUAUUAAAUUUUAUUUUACGAUAGCACAACUGCAAAGUAUGAAUUUGUAUUUCCUUAAGUCAAAUGUGUAAGGCACACUUAAGCAAACAGCUAUGUGAAGCAAAGUUGCAAUGUAAAUAAUAAUAAAUGCUCUCAUGUCAAACAAAUAGAAGCGAUAUUCGUUGGAUGCUAGCUUAAGAAGUAAUUUGAUUUAAAGUACUUAAUAAUGAAGUAAGAAAGUAUAGUGAUAGUAACGGAAACCAAAGAGGAUUCUGUAACGUUACCAGUGCCUUCAGUUAUAUGUAAUAAUUUAUUUGUAAAUAUAUGUACGGUGCCUUUAUUCCAGGCUUGAAUUAAUAAAUGUAUUGAAAAGUA